CAAGUAUACUCUAUAUUUGUGUACCCUGUACCCUAAGUGUAAAGCUUAGGUGCAAACGAUGCAAACAAUUUGCAGCAAGUUGAUUGCUGCAAUCAAAUUUGCACGUAUAAACACGAGUGCAACCAUUUUGCUGCAAACAAAGAACCUGCAACAUUUUUUUGCAGCAAUAUUUUUUGCUUGUCGUCUGUAUUUACCGUUUCCUGGUUGCGUCAGUUGCUUGCUUGUUUGCAUGUGCUGUUUGCUUUCAGUCGCAAUAUUGCAGCAAGCAAAGCAACAUGUGGGAUCGCGAGAAAACGAUAAAAUUAAUUGAAUUGUACGAGAAUUAUUCUGUUUUAUGGGAUGUCUCGUCAGCAGACUAUACAAAUAAGCAUAAAAAGCAAAAUGCUUAUCGCGAAAUUGCUGAAAAAUUAGACAAAAGUGAUGAUGAAAUAAAAACAAAAAUUCAUCAUUUGCGCACUCAAUUUUUGCAAGAGGUGCGCAGAGUGAAGCAAAAAAAGAGUGGCCAGGGUACAUCGGACAACUAUACCAGCAAAUGGGAGUUUUUCGAUGCGCUUAAAUUUAUUAAAAAUGACGACGUACCAAGUACAUCCAAAGCAAAAAAAAGAAAACGUGACGAGAUAGAAUUUAAGGACGAAGAUCUGAUUAUUAAAAAGGCAAGCGCUUUACUCGAUAAGCCAGCGGAUGACCAUCAGGUGUUCGGUGAUUUCGUUGCAUCUGAGCUCAGAUUGUUGAAAUCACACCAAAAUAGACUUUUGCUUCGCAGAAAAAUUCAAAGAGCUAUUUUGGAAGUAUCGGAAAUUGAUAGCGAGGGCACUUUUACUUGUUCCACACCUAAUAUCGUGGACUCGUCUACCAAUUCUCCAGUUUUGGGCUUUUCAGAUGCUCGACAAGACUCCGGCACAAUGCUUCCAACCGUACUCACAGGAAAGCGAAACAUGAGAAAGAAACAUGAGAGAAUGAUAUGAAUCACCUGUAAAAAAUUUAAUUACAUCAAUAAACAUAUUAAUUAAAAGUUCAUAAAAAUGUUAAUUAUAUUUAAUACAUACCCGUGGCUAAUAAACGCAAUGUCAGGGCUAAUCGUUCAUUUGGUGGAAUCGCAGGACUUUUUCUAAUAAAAAAUUGAAAUCACUGACAUGCGAAAAAAAUUGUAAUAGUUUGUUUCAUCGCCAUUUUGUAGCUCUUUUAAAAGGUUCUGAUGCACUCAUUUUUCAUCUCUUUUGGAAAUUCACUCUUUCACCCAACACUUUUUUUUUU